AUGAUGUCUCUGUCGACUAUUAGAUCAUAUUUCACGAACCGUCGUACUGAAAAUCUCGAUGGAGUUUCACAAUCAAUAGCUGGACAAAAUUCACUUUGGGUACCUUGUCUGGCUGCUGCUUGUCUCGGUGGUGUCUUGUUCAUAAUUGCUGCAGUGGUUGUGCUCGGGUUGAUUCCGGUGUAUUUGCCAGCAAAAGGUACUGGCGUAAAUGUUAGUACGAAUAACAAAGUGAGAUUACUUACUGCAUCGUUUGCUACCAAUAUUGACGACGAUGGAUCAUCAGUUCAACUAACAAACUAUGAUUCGUUAACUCAACAAUUCAAUGACUAUCUUGGUUAUAAAAAGAAAGAAGUGACUGUUAUAAGUGCCAAUAUUAUGAGCACGACGACUCAAAAUCUAAAAAAAAGAAAGAAGAAACGUCAAACAAGCGAAUUAUCCUGUGACAAUACAGUACGUGGAAUCCGAGCUACUAGCAAAAGGAAGGCCAGGCUAUUUGUUACGUUUUUUCUUAACUCGUGCCCUGGGUCUCAAUGUAAAACUGAUAAAUGCAUUCAAAAAUGCUCAGGCAGUAUUCAAGCAACCAUUCAAUCAGUGUUCAGCUCGGGUUUGAUAUCACUGAAAAUUCAAUUAGCCAAUGGAACCACCAUCACAACACCACUUCGAAUUUGUUCUUUCAAUCAACCGGCCCCAGUAGCAACAGUUUCUACGUCAACGACAUCAGCAUCGUCAACAAUAACAACAAGUAGUCCCACCACCACUGGCCCGCCAACAACAACCGCCACUGGUCCGUCAACAACUGCAACUACGGAUACCAUCACCACCACUGGUCCCACAACCACACCUGUACCACCACAGAUACUAGUACAAGCACGGAUACCAGUACCACCACUGAUACCAGCACCACUACAGAUACUAGUACCACCACAGAUACUAGUACAAGCACGGAUACCAGCACCACCACGGACACUACUACCACCACCGACACCACCACAACCACCGACACUAGUACCACCACGGAUACGAGCACAACCACCGACACUAGUACCACCACGGAUACGAGCACCACCACGGACACUACUACCACCACCGACACCACCACAACCACCGACACUAGUACCACCACGGAUACGAGCACCACCACCGACACCACUACAACCACGGAUACUAGUACCACCACCGACACCACUACAACCACGGAUACUAGUACCACCACCGACACCACUACAACCACGGAUACUAGUACCACCACGGAUACUAGUACCACUACAGACACCACUACCACCACCGACACCACUACAACCACGGANAUAUUCAUUACAAUCCAAAGAAUAA